AACGACUCUUACCAGGGCCGAAACUGCAGCGCCGAGGAAGGGAUCUACCAAGAUGCCACCCCCCUCUCCGGGAAGAUCGUGCUCGCCGUCGUCCUGGCGCUCGUCACCCUGGCCACGGUGCUCUCCAACGCCUUUGUCAUCGCCACGGUCUACCAGACGAGGAAACUCCACACGCCGGCCAACUAUCUCAUCGCCUCGCUGGCCGUCACCGACCUCCUCGUCUCCAUCCUCGUCAUGCCCAUCAGCACCAUGUACACUGUGACCGGCAAGUGGACGCUGGGCCAGAUCGUCUGCGACAACUGUGUGGUGAACACGGACCACGUCCUCUACACCGUGUACUCCACGGUGGGAGCCUUCUACUUCCCCACUCUGCUGCUGAUAGCCCUCUACGGGAGGAUCUACGUGGAAGCCAGAUCGCGGAUUUUGAAGCAGACGCCAAAGAAAGCAGGUAAAAGACUAACGCGGGCUCAGUUAAUCACAGACUCCCCGGGGUCGUCCUCCUCCGUCACGUCCAUAAACUCCAAGGCCCCCGAGGGAUCCAGCGAAACGGGCUCUCCCGUGUACAUGAACCAGGUGAAGGUGAAGGUCUCGGAUGCCCUGCUGGAGAAAAAGAAGCUCACGGCCGCUAGAGAGCGGAAGGCUACAAAGACUUUAGGGAUUAUUUUAGGAGCCUUCAUCGUCUGUUGGCUGCCCUUUUUCAUCAUCAGCCUGGUGUUGCCUAUUUGCAAGGACGCUUGCUGGUUCCACAUGGCCAUCUUUGACUUUUUCACGUGGCUUGGAUAUCUCAACUCCCUCAUCAACCCCAUCAUCUAUACUAUGUCUAACGAAGACUUCAAACAAGCUUUCCACAAACUCAUACGUUUCCGAUGCACAAGCUGAAAAUUUUGAAUGCGAUGUGUUCUCCGGGGCUGCCCCCAUGCACGCCCG